AUUGUUGUUAAGAAAGUUCUGCCAUAGGUUGAUGAUUGUAUUGGGUUCGAAAUCUACAUGUGGCAUGAAUCGAACUUGUUCGUUAGCUGUAAACUCAUUGAGAAUUAUACACUCAAUGUAGGUUGACUGUAAUUUAUAUGGAAUGGGGCAUGUGCAUGUAUCAAAAGUGAAGUUUCGUCAUCCGGUUCCAGAUGCUUUCAGUAAAAGAAAAUCUAAUCACCUUUCUCAAGCCAGCAUUGAGACGGAAGAAACUAUAACUGCAUUACGUGAUAGUCAGACAGACUUGAAAAAUAGUCAGCAUUUGGAUUCUCCAGUUUGGAUAUCGUCCACGAUCCCUGGUGAUUGGAUAUGGCAGCUUUCCAAUGAAUUUGGCACUCCAUCUGAUCUGUAUACUCACCAUGUCAAAAGACAAACUGUUUGUGCGCUGGAAGCAGAUACUAGUGUUGAUGAUAUUCUUAAUCAGCAAUUCAAGUUAUAUACAUCCUUAUCACAAUCAGGUUCAGAAGUGAAAAUGGUUCAGUCACUCAUACCUAUCUGGGAGGAAGAAUAUGAAAGAACUGGCACGGAUGAGGUAGCUAUGCCUCCUGAUCCUGGAAAACCACUUCCGAGAGAUGUUUUAAAUGCACUAUCACAUAAGCUUAACAAAAGAUUGGAGAAGUUGACAUGUAAAGCUCAAGACAACAAAAUGUUGGUCAAGAAUACUGUGGAAGAUCUUCCUUUGGAGACAGUUUCUGUGAAUGAAGAAAAAAUGGUUGAACUUGAUACAGAAGCUCUGGGCCUGCUAAAGUGGCUUGCCACAUCACAGGCUGCUGAAGAGAUAAACUCUGACGAUGAACUUGUUCGUGAGACCAUUCUGAGUCCUCUUUUGCCUACAACAAACAUUGAUAAGGUGCUAGAAAGAGCGAGUACGGAUUAUGAGAGCGAGUCCCAGAGAGAGUGUCAGGAUAUUCUUGAUUCCAUUGAGGAUUUUGUUAAAUGUGAUGAGUCAAAGGUGAAACUUCCUUAUUCGUUGGAGCUUAACCGUUGCUCCUCAUCGGAAGAAAAGAUGUCCAAGGUUAAUGCUUUGCAUUCACCUGCUUCUGCACCAUCUAAACUGUCAUCUAAGACACAGAAAAGAGGAGCAUCUGAAACAUACUCCGGGCGCAAGGAAUUGCAGAUUAGCCACACCAGUUUGACGAAUAAAAGGAAGAAGUCUUUAUGGGGCACUCUGCCGUUCUCAGUUACUAAAACUUCAAGUGACAUCUCUAAAAUACAUAGCAUAUCUGAUCUGUCUGGUGGUGACAAUAAUCCUGAAAAGGCUCUAAGAAGAUGUUCUGACGUUUCUUUACGGAAUUCAGAAGCUAAUGUCCAAGCACAGGCAUUGGACGAAUGCUCAGUGCGGGACCUGAUGCGAAAGAAGCGCUCCAAUCAAACUGCCCUGCAGAAGUGUCCACUCUUAGGGAUUGGUGAAGGCUUUCUGGAAAGAGUACAUGAAGGAGUUGGCACACCUUUGACUAAACAAUUGGAUUCGCAAAUACAGCCCAAUGAAAAUGAAGAACACAAUAAGAGUUCUGUUAGGCGUCCGGAUGCUAGUUUGCUGGUUCCAAAAAAACUAGAGAAUAGCCAGCCGGAUAUUGGAAAUCCUAUAGUAGUAGAUUCAGACAGCCCCAGUAUGCAACAUGCUUCCAACAGCGUCAAGCAGGUUCCAACAGGUUUCCAGUUUCAAUCCGAAACUAAGAACUGUGAAAAGUAUAUGUGCAGAGGUGAGACCUCAGAAGUCAUAGCUUCUGAGCUCUUCAAUUCCAUAUCUGUUUCAUCUGCUAAGUGGCUGAAUAAGGAUACAACUCCGUCUAAUCAGAGACCAAACCAGAUGAAGGCUAAGGCUGUUGGUUCAAGUUGUCUGCGGGUUUCUCCUAUUGAGUCUGAGGAUGCAGGCUCAACGAAAGGUGGAACACCGAUGGGAAAUUCGUUUGAACAAUGUGCUGACAAGGUAAUUUCGAAGGAAAAGUUGGCAGAUACAACAUGCUUCUUGUCCGAGGCAGUUUGUUCUGCUCGCUCAAAACGUGGAAAUUUCGGUGUUUCUGCUCAUGGCAGCUCAGCAUUCACAGCUCUUAACAUUGAAACAAAGCCUACAGACUUAUAUAGAAUGACAGUCCGUAAGAAACCUCCUGUACCUGACUGGAAGGAUGGACCAUUGGAAAUUGCUUCUUUCUCGCUUGCUUUAUCUGGUGCUCCUUCUAUUGUCAAGGAGAAAAAAGAUGGGAUAUCAGUGGAUGAACUUCUUCCUUCUUUGAAAAUAGUCAUCAGAACAAGACAGGAGAUCAGUCUCAUAGGGAUAAGGAUGUUGAUCAAGAAGCUGCAGACCUACUCCUCUCAGCCAAAUGGGAUUUCGGGAUCUGCUAGUAUUGGUGCUGGACAACAGCUUACAUUAUUAAGUCUGGAGGUUCAGGCUGAAUCCAGGGGAGAUCUCAGGCCAGAUCCUCGGUUUGAUGCAGUGAAUAUAGUAGUGCUUGCCUUUCAGGAUGACAAUGACUGUGCUUCGGAAGUUUACGUGCUUCUACGUAGUGAUUGUGAAUCAUCCCAGGGGCAUUCUGUUGGAAUACCUGCUCAUAAGGUCCUAGUGUUCUUUGAAGAGAAGCUUUUAUUUAAUGAACUUAUUAAUCUUGUCCGUAUGUUUGACCCCGAUGUUCUUAUGGGAUGGGAUAUUCAAAGUGGUUCUAUUGGUUUUUUGGCUGAGCGGGCUGCACAUCUUGGUCUGGGUUUUCUUAAGAGCAUUUCUCGCACACCAUUUCAAACAGAGCAAGAUGCAGAUACUGAAGCUGCUAAUAAAGGUCUUAUGGAUAUUGCACUCCACGAAUCUUCAACUGCAGACAAUGAAUUGAUGGGAGAUGCAGUAAUUGAGGAUGAGUGGGGCCGGACACAUGCCAGUGGUGUCCAUGUUGUUGGUAGGAUUGUCCUUAAUGUAUGGCGACUGGUACGGAGUGAGGUCAAGCUCAAUAUGUACACGAUUGAAGCUGUAAGUGAAGCUGUUUUGAGGCGGAAGACUCCUUCUAUCCCAUUUAGAGUACUGACUAGAUGGUUUGCUAGUGGCCCCGGUGGAGGAAGGUAUAGAUGCAUUGAGUUUGUGAUGCAGAGAGCAAACUUGAAUUUCGAGAUUGUGGAACAACUUGAUAUGGUGAAUCGGACCUCAGAACUUGCACGUGUUUUUGGCAUUGACUUCUUUUCUGUCCUCUCUCGUGGUUCACAGUACCGUGUUGAGUCCAUGCUCCUCAGAUUGGCUCAUACACAAAAUUAUAUUGCCAUUUCUCCUGGGAGUCAGCAGGUUGCUUCUCAACCAGCCAUGGAGUGUCUCCCUCUUGUAAUGGAACCAGAAUCAGGGUUUUAUGCAGAUCCAGUGGUGGUCUUAGACUUCCAAUCUCUUUAUCCAUCCAUGAUAAUUGCUUAUAACCUUUGCUUCUGUACGUGUCUUGGAAAUGCCGAGCCUUCGAAGGCAGAUACCCUGGGGGUCACUUCAUUUUCACCAGAUCCAGAGAUUUUUCAGAAUUUGGUGAAUCAACUGCUUUGUACUCCUAAUAGUGUUAUGUAUGCACCUUCAGAGGUUCGGAAAGGAAUAUUACCCCGGUUAUUAGAGGAAAUACUAUCAACCAGGAUAAUGGUGAAGAAAGCGAUGAAGAAGUUGGGUCCCAAUCAACAAAUCCUUCACAGGAUAUUUAAUGCAAGACAACUUGCUCUCAAGUUGAUAGCAAACGUAACAUAUGGUUACACAGCUGCUGGAUUUAGUGGUCGCAUGCCUUGUGCCGAGCUUGCCGACAGCAUUGUCCAGUGUGGCCGUAGCACUCUGGAAAAGGCUAUUGCAUUAGUAAAUGCAAAUGAUAAUUGGAAGGCUAGAGUCGUAUAUGGUGAUACUGACAGCAUGUUCGUUCUUCUCAAGGGACGAACAGUCCCAGAGGCAUUCCGGAUUGGGAAUGAGAUAGCAGCGGCCGUGAGUGCUAUGAACCCAUACCCAGUAACCUUAAAAAUGGAGAAAGUAUAUCACCCUUGCUUCCUUCUCACCAAGAAGCGCUACGUCGGAUACAGCUAUGAGAGACCCGACCAGAGCGAGCCGAUCUUUGAUGCAAAAGGGAUUGAGACAGUUCGAAGAGACUCAUGUGCAGCUGUUUCCAAGCUCAUGGAGCGAUCCAUUAGGCACUUCUUUGAGCACCAAGACAUCUCUAAGGUUAAAGUAUAUCUAUAUCGUCAAUGGACCCGUAUCCUCUCUGGCAGAGUCUCCCUCCAAGACUUCAUCUUCGCCAAAGAGGUCCGAUUAGGCUCGUACAGUACUCGACCUUCUUCCUCCCUUCCACCCGCAGCCAUAGUAGCCACCAAGGCAAUGAGGUCGGACCCAAGAGCCGAGCCACGCUAUGCUGAGCGGGUCCCUUAUGUCGUGAUUCAUGGCCAGCCAGGUGGUCGCCUGGUUGACAUGGUGGUUGACCCACUUGACCUCCUGGCUCUUGGCUCCCCCUACCGACUGAACGACAUUUACUACAUCACGAAGCAGAUCAUCCCGGCCUUGCAGAGGGUGUUCGGGCUGGUUGGCGCAGAUUUGAACCGGUGGUUUGCCGAGAUGCCUCGUCCAGCUAGGGAAGCCUCAACCAAGCGACCAGUUUUUGGUUCAAGCAGUAACCCGCACAGGACCAGGAUCGACUAUUAUUAUCUGUCCCAGCAUUGCUUGAUCUGCGGGGAUUUGGUUCGUUCAUCAGCACACGUGUGUGGGAAGUGUCUGCAGGAUGAAGCUGCUGCAACGACUGCUGUCGUUGGGAGGACUUCAAAGCUGGAACGAGAGAUGCAUCACCUUGCUGCUAUAUGCCGGCAUUGUGGCGGAGGGGAUUGGGUAGUGGAGACCGGGGUUAAGUGCACAUCUCUGGCGUGUUCUGUGUUCUACGAGAGGAGGAAAGUUCAGAAGGAGCUUAUGGGACUCUCCGCCAUUGCAGCAGAGAAAGGUCUGGCUUAUCGGAAAGAAGGCCUGGACUCAUAUAAUCCUUUUGGGCUGGCCCAAAGUAACUGGACUUGGUCUGAUGCUUUCCUCUGCAACUUUCCGUUUAGUAAUCUCCGAACCUUUCUCCUUUCCUCCGCCGUGCCGUUCUCCCGGGCAAAAAUAAUGGCGAGAACCCAAGUUCGCCUCCUCUUAUGGAGGCGCCUUAAACCCUACAGCUUCGCCCGCCUCUCUUCCUCGCCUUCCACCCUUAUACCCUAUUCCACUUCUUCUGCCGCCGCCUCCUCUCCGGACCCUCCAAAACCCUCUUCCCUUUCCGCCCGCAUGAGCUUCGUCUUCGAUCAAAUCGACGCCAUUGAGCGCGAACGCUCCGAGAAGCACGAAACUCUGCAAAAGAUUCGAGCUUGGCGCCAAUCCAAAACUGACAACCAGCAGCUGCAGAAUCAGGAACGGAGAGAAGAGCCUAGUUCCCGGAAGCCUGAAGUGGUAGUAACGACUUUUAGCUCCUCGCGGGAUGAAGAAUCCGAUGCUGGGUACGGUUUUGAUGGGAGCAGUUCCGGGUCGGGUGUUGAGCUGGGGAAGGCGAGGAGGCAAGUGGAGCUUGUUCAUCCGUGGCCGGAAUGGAUAGAGUUGAUGGAGAGACUGGUUCAGCAGAAUUACUUCGAUCAUAAGAGAAGUAAAGAAGAGGACCAGAUGGUUGAGAGUUUGGGGAUUGAUGAUGGGUUUGAAGAUGUGAAUGCAGCUGUUGAGAAAAAUCAGAUAGGAGUUGAUUUCGCUAAAGAUUUUAGGACCGUGCAGAAUGCUUUUGUCAAUUUUGGCAAAGACAGAUUCGAUAUCUUGAGGUCAUUGCCGAGAAAGGAUCUCCAGCUCUUGGUUGGCUAUGGAUGCCCAACUGCAGACAGAAGGGUUGUUAUGUCUGCCAAACUCCUGAGGAAGCGUGUCCACCUCGAUGAAGGCGAUGUUUGUAGUAGCUGCAGCUUGAGGAGCUCGUGUGAGAAAGCAUUUCUGCUGACAAAUAAAGAGGAGGAAGCGCAUACCAUCGAUGCAAUGCGGGUUCUCUUAGCUUACGGAUUCGAUCCGACAAAUGGAUCAGUCACCAAUAAGUCGAUUCUGAAAGAAAAAUCGGUCAAAACUGUGGUCCGGAAGCUACUUCACGAGAUUGUAAAGCUGAGUGCUGUGCCUAUCGAUCCGAAUCUCCCUCCUCCUGUGAUCAAGAAACCUCCUCCAAAGGUGAAGCAGCCUCCGCCGCCGCCGAAGAAACGAGUUGGACGUGAUGAUAUCGAGAUGAAAAAAGGCGAUUGGCUUUGCCCUAAGUGUGACUUCAUGAAUUUCGCAAAGAACACGGCAUGUUUACAGUGUGAUGCCAAGAGGCCAAAGAGACAGUUGCUUCCAGGAGAAUGGGAAUGCGCUCAGUGUAACUUCUUAAACUAUAGGAGAAACAUGGUAUGCUUUCAUUGUGAUUGCAAGCGGCCACAUGAUGAUUUCUUGGAGAAUAGAAUGGAGGAAAGGAAUCGUGACCAAAAACCAAGGUUCGAGAAGGUUGCAACCCGUCCUGAAGUGUCAAAUGCCUGGAACUUCGAUUUUGAUGACGACGAGUCAGAUGGUGCAGAUGUUGCUGCCUUUGAGAAUGCAGACUCAGCAUUGAAAGAUCAUGAACCUCCUAUGUCUGCUGCUCCAGCUCAGGGAGGAAACUUCAGAGACCGUGAAAUGGGUACCAGAAAUCCAAGCAAGUAUUCAGAUUCACAACCGAGUAGAUCCGGAACAGGGUUUGACGAUUUUGACGAUGAAGAUGAUAUCGAGAGCUAUGAGUUGGAUACCAACCCCACUCGGGCAACUCAUAGCAAUGCUUCCAGACGACCUUAUGAGUCUGAAGACAUUGACCUUUCGGAUGAUGACUUGGAUUCUCGACCUCAUUCUAGACCAUUGAGGGAUUCGAGACCCACCAAGCCGGUAAGAAGGAAACCUUUCGCUGAUGAUGAUGAGCUAGGAUUUGACUCAGAUGAAGAGCUUUCAUCUCAUUCGAAAUGGAAAUCCAGUCACGUUGCGUCUGGACACAAAAAUCGAGGUAGGAGUCCAGCUAAAAAACUGAGUUUUGGCUCGGAUGAUGAUGACCUUGAUCUUGACUCUGAUGAUGACUCUGACGAGGAAUUUGGCGGCCGAAAGAUGAGAACAAAGGGACGGAACUCCACUAGAGGUGGAUUUCAGAGACGAGGUGACGAUGAUGAUGACUACACAGGCGGCAGAGGUGGAAGAUCAAAGCGGAUGGGUGGCGGGAGAAGGGAGUCGUCAUGGGAUGAUGACUUUGAUCAACCUAGAUCAUCAUCGUUCCAUGGCUCACGUGGUAGAGCAAGAGGAAAUGGAGGUGGGUGGAGGAAGAGUGAUGGAGGUAGAGGUAGAGGUAGAGGUGGAGGUGGAGGUGAGGAUUUUGGCAGAGGUAGAGGGGCAAGACAAGGAGGAAACCGGAGUUUCCAGCAGUCGAGAUCUGGUGACUAUGGGAUGAUGGAUAAAGGUUCGAUGGACGAUGGUGAGUAUAGAAACAAAAGAAGGGUAAUUGAAAGACGGAACAAUGGCCGUCUAUUUCCACAAACCGACGAGGUGAAAGCUGUAGCUUAG